AUGGCAGUGGCCUGGGUGACGGCAGCCUCUCCGGGGCCGUGGAUGUGGUGCUCCCCGCGUCCAACAUGUUCCAGAUCAUGCCGUAUGAGCUCAGGACGCCUUUCCCGACCAGCAUCAGCCAUUCCUUUGCCCCAGCCUAUGACGGAAAAGUCUGGGCGAUGCUCACCCUCAGCACAGGCUCCCGCACGCCUGCGGAGAUCAAGGCCCUGCACAUGGCCCGUGGGGGCGCCACCUGCAACGUGCAGGGUGCGGACGUCUUCCAAGGGAUGGAAUUCGAGAUCGGCAACUUCACGGCCACACCACCGGGCUGCGCACUCACGGCGGGGCAGAGCUACACGCUCCACGUCUACGUGGAGGACCGCCUUAAAUGAAGGGCAACCCCCCGCACUAGAGACGUGUAGAUGGCUACGGGCUCGGAGGAUGACAAGGGCAACAAUGACGGCACCGUGGCCACGGUCAUGGCCAAUGUCCGGGAACCCAAGUGCGGAGCAGGACAUCGAAGAUGGAACUUCGCUUCGCUUCCUCCCUGCCGCGCUGAGGUGGUCCCGGCCACCGCCCCAAACUCCUUCCAGGACGGAUAGAAUCGGAUAG